AUGCCCGACAUUACAGUUACUGUCAAAUGUGCAAACGACACCAAAUAUUCCGUCACUAUAGACACUUCCAAGACGGUUCUUGACUUCAAGAAAGCAAUUGCAGAGAACUGUGAUACUCCUCCAGAGAGACAGAGGUUAAUUUACUCUGGGCGAGUACUGAAGGACACUGAUAAUUUGGAGACUUACAAGAUCGCUGACGGACAUACUGUUCACAUGGUUCGAGGAGCACCACCUGGUGGUUCAUCUUCAUCCCAACAAUCAAGCAAUAAUAAUAGCUCUCAACAACAAUCUGCCCCGCCACCACAAAAUGCUCAGCCUAUGUUCAAUCCAUUUGCAAAUCUAGGCGCUCCCUUUGGGACGCCCCCAUUUACAAACACGACGGCUCCUAGUGCCACCGGCGCUCCAUUGCCAUUCGGAGACUUGUUUAAUAAUCCGGCAUUUUUACAGCAACUCACCCAAAUGAUGUCCGAUCCAGCUGUUUUAGACGCUGUGAUAGCAUCAAAUCCGCAACUGGCAGAUAUGGGUUCACAAGUGAGGGCAGCAAUGCAGAAUCCAGCACUACAAUCAAUGAUGGCGAAUCCAGACUUUAUUAGGCGUAUGACGGAGAUGUACGCGACGAUGAUGACACCUCCGACGGACUUUGCCAAUGUUAUGGGCGGAUUAGGGACUCAAGGUGCACCUGGGGCGAACCCUGGAUUUAAUGCGAGCGCAAAUACCGGGACGACAAAUACGCCGAGUGACUCCACUAAUGCAGCGUCGACUAAUACAACGAAUACCUCAAAUCCGACAGCAGCACCAAACCCCUUUCUCAAUCUUUUCAAUCCAGCAGAGAGGUACCAAGUGCAGUUACAACAGUUGAAUGAAAUGGGUUUCUGGGAUGCGCAGAGGAACAUCAGGGCUUUAUUGGCUUGUGGGGGAAAUGUUAAUGCUGCUAUUGAGUACUUGUUGAGCGACAGACAGUAA